CAACAAAGCCCAUAUAAACAACAUCUGUCCUUAUUAGCAACACACUUCUCAUUUCACUGAAAAAACCCUAACCUCUUACAACAGAAAAAGAGAGAGCCGCAUAGAGUUUUCUCUUCACAAAAAUGACUUUUAAGAGAAGGAAUGGAGGACGUAACAAACAUGGACGUGGACAUGUUAAGUUUAUUCGUUGCUCUAAUUGCGGCAAGUGCUGCCCUAAGGACAAGGCCAUCAAGAGGUUCCUUGUGAGGAACAUUGUUGAGCAAGCUGCUGUACGUGAUGUUCAGGAAGCUUGUGCUUUUGAAUUGUACACUCUUCCUAAGCUGUACUUGAAGAUGCAGUACUGUGUUUCAUGUGCAAUUCACUCCAAGGUGGUUAGAGUCCGUUCCCGUACUGAUAGGAGAGUUCGUGAGCCUCCACAGCGUUUCAGACGCCCAAGGGAUGAUCUCCCAAAGGCAGGACAAGCACCACGCCCCACUGGAGGAGCCCCUGCUGCCCCUCGCACUUAAGUUGUUAGGCUUCAGGUUUUGGUUAAUCUGAUAGUUACAAUGUGUUCUACCUGGUUUUGACAGUGUACUGUUAUCAUUUAGUUGAUGGGACCUAUUAUAUUACCAUGUUAUGGAAUUGAAUUUUGAAUGGAAAACGGAGAGAUUUAAAUA